GAUGUGAAAACAAAUCACUGACGAAGAUGUAGCUGGCGCAUAACGCUUGCUGUCACUAUCGGGAUUCAUUUUGAACGACUUCAUUUGUUUCACUUUUUGAAUGACUUCUUUUUUUAGGCUCACAGUUGAUGUUUCAAAGCCAAACGAGCAGAGAGGUUGAGAGUUAGUAUCAUCAAUCAUCAUCAUGCUGCUCGAGCUGUUUCUCCUCAUCUCGGCUUCAUGUUGUAUCGGAGAGUCAAAGAGGAGAAAUGUCCUGCUAAUAAUUGCCGAUGACGCAGGUUUUGAGACGGAGGUCUACAACAACUCUGUGGUCCACACGCCGCACCUGCGCUCUCUGGCCCAGCGUAGCCUGGUGUUCAGCAACGCCUUCACCUCCGUCAGCAGCUGCUCCCCCAGCCGCUCCAGCAUCCUCACCGGCCUGCCGCAGCACCAGAACGGCAUGUACGGGCUUCAUCAGGGUGUUCACCACUUCAACUCGUUUGACGGAGUACAAAGUCUACCGCGGCUCCUCAGCCAAGCUGACGUACACACAGGUAUAAUUGGGAAGAAGCACGUCGGCCCUGGAUCUGUUUACCCUUUUGAUUUUGCGUACACGGAGGAGAACAGCUCUGUCCUCCAGGUGGGGAGGAACAUCACCCGCAUCAAACUCCUGGUCCGCAAGUUUUUCCAGACGCACAACGAAGACGCUUUUGAACGAAGGCGACAGAGAGAAGAGAAUAAAGACAAAAUAAAAGAUGAAGAGAGGCCUUUUUUCCUGUACGUUGCCUUUCACGACACCCACCGAUGUGGACACUCGCAGCCCCAGUAUGGAGCUUUCUGUGAGAAGUUUGGGAAUGGUGAAAUGGGGAUGGGCAGGAUACCUGACUGGACACCCGAAUAUUACACACCAGAACAAGUAAAGGUUCCUGCCUUUGUGCCGGACACACCUGUGGCACGAGCUGACUUGGCAGCACAGUACACCACGGUCAGCAGGCUGGACCAAGGUAUCGGUUUGGUUCUUCAGGAGCUCAAAGACGCUGGUUAUGAGAACGACACUCUGGUCAUCUACAGCUCGGAUAACGGCAUCCCCUUCCCCAACGGCAGAACCAACCUGUAUCGCUCCGGGACAGCAGAGCCCAUGCUGGUGUCCUCUCCAGAGCACAGGGGGCGAUGGGGAGACACCAGCCAGGCCUACGUAAGCCUGCUGGACAUCACUCCCACUAUUCUGGACUGGUUCUCUGUUCCCUACCCGUCCUACAGCCUCCCCGGCGGCCCCGCCACCCCGGUCCACCUCACCGGUCGCUCCUUGCUGCCCGCCCUGGACACCGAGCCCCGCAGCUGGCACACCGUGUACGCCAGCCAGUCCCUCCACGAGGUAACCAUGUACUACCCGACCCGCUCCAUCCACCAGGGGGCAUACCACCUACUCCACAACCUUCACUACCGCAUGCCCUUCCCCAUCGACCAGGACCUGUAUGUGUCACCCACCUUCCAGGACCUGCUGAACCGCACAAGGCUGAGUGAGCCCACUCACUGGUUCAAAAGCCUGGAGCAGUAUUACUACAGAGAGCGCUGGGAGCUGUUCGACUCCAGGACAGACCCACUGGAAACGAGGAACCUGGUGUCAGACCCGUCCUACAGCGAUGUGCUGGAGAGCCUGAGGCAGAGUCUGCAGAAGUGGCAGUGGGACACGGGGGACCCCUGGGUCUGUGGACCUGACUACGUCCUGGAGGACAAACUAGAGCCGCACUGCAGACCACUCUACAACGGACUCUAAUGGGACUUUUACUCAUCUGGAUUGACAUGAUGUCCGUGUACAUGAUCUCAUUCUUCUUAUAAAACAAAAGACAUUUCUAGUUUUAUUUUUGUAUGCCAGUGCUGCUUUAAAUGUUAAAUAAACACUAUUACUAAUUCCUAACAUUGUUUUUGGUAAAGCAUCAUUCUUCAUGUAUCCAGAUAAUUUCAUCAUUCAAGUCCUUCUUGUGUCUCUAUACAUUUAAGGAACAUUUCGCCAUCCUCCAGACGCCCUCAUUACCCUGUUUCACAGGAGGGCAACAUGGUUACACAAUAUAUAACUGUUUUUGUUAUUUGAUUGAACAAAUGUAGAUGCAUCCCUCUUUGUCGUUAGUCCCCAUCACUACUGUUCUGCUGAUACGCAGGCCGUAGAGCUCAUGACGCAUGACUGGUGAGGUCGGCAAAUGCAUCAGUAAAAGGGUUUGUAUUGAUUCCUCAGAGGAUUCCUCACUUUGAAGUAAGAAUGAUUCUCAAUCCAUCCGUGUAGAAAGCAGUUGGGACGGAAUACAAUUUGGAUCAGUCGACUAUUCACUCGUGUUUAUUGAUCUCCUUCUUUGUACUUCUAAUCUGUCCAUUCUCACUGUUGAGGUCUUCUAAAGCCACGCACAGUGAUUCUACUUUGUUGUGCACCUUUUGAUGCAUGCAGUGGGUAAA